AUGGCACCAAUCUUCGAAUCUAACUUCUCCAUUCGCAAUAUUAUCGGAGAUAACGCAAAUAUUCAACAAAAUAGGCAUGGCUUGAAUAACGCUCCGCUAACACCACCACGUUCCGAUGGAUCAGCUUCCCCAGACAGCUAUGGAUCAGAGGACAGUGAGGAAAGGCCGGGCUUCACAUUCAGUGCGAUGGUGGCCAUGGCAAUCCGCAAUAGUCCAGAGAAACGUCUACCAUUGAGUGCAAUACAGGACUGGAUUUCGCGCCAUUUCCCAUACUUUCGAAAAGAACAACACGGCUGGCAGGGUCAGGUGCGUCACACCCUAAGUACCAACUCAUGCUUCGUUAAAGUGCCACGUCCAUUAGAUGACCCCGGUCGUGGAAAUUAUUGGGCCAUAAAUCCAGCUAUUGACGAUGUUAAUGUGAACUCAUCAACCGGGCGACUCGUAUUCAAUUCCAAUGUGGCCCAUUUCACCGGUAAUACAUAUGGACAUCCACUGAACCAAGUCAUUACCCAUGGCGUUCCCAUGAAUCAUCCGCAAGCGCCCAACGCAGUUUACUUUCCCAGUCCGGAGGAACUUGAAAGAGCGCAACAGGCGAUGAUGUUGCAGGCCCUGCAGGAACAACAAAUGUGCUUCCUCCAUCAUCAGCAACAACAACAACUCAUACAACAGGAAUUGAUUGAGAUGCAGCAGCAACAAUUCCAACAACAAUACAUCCAACUGCAACAAAAGAUGCUAUUCCAUCAACAACAAUGCGAAUUUAUGUUGGCCAAACAGUUGCCGAUGUAG